CAAGAUUGUGAGCCGAGGAGUGUGUGAGAAAUUCUCAGUUCUUGUGGUGUGUUUUAUGGAGUGGAAACAGUUCCCAAGUGGAUUACAUUUUCAGCCUCUUGUGUCUCAUCUUCUGGAUUAAGUGCCAUUCCUCCAGCCUCUUCAUCCUCCGCGGGACUCCGAGUGUGUGUUUGUGCAACGUCCGAAAUUGGACGCCUCCAUUGCAAGAGGUCCCGCUCUCCAUCGACGGCCAUUCAACAUGGCCAAACUGCCCUGGACAUCCGGUCAUUUCAGUGUCCUCCUGUACAUAGUCGUAGUUUUAGGUCAAUGUAUCUUACAAGUUAGCGCGCAACAUCCGUCACAACCAUUUCCAGGAGCUCGGCGGGAGCGUCCACGAGUGGCCUUCUCCAAACAGGUUCUGGGUCCCACUUAUCAGACUCAGACGCCCUUUUACAUUUGGCACCGGACAAGAGCACCCAAAACCACAGCACAGCCAACAUUGAAGCCCACUGAAUUUUCCCUGAGAGGCGAUCAACGGCCACCGCCUGAGGACGAGGAAAUCCAGGAGUUCUAUCCACUCGGUGGAAUGUGGCCCAGCCCAAGAACUCCCUUCUAUCAGACUGACUAUCGAGCGCACAGACCUCUGCAGCGUGUACAUCCAUGUGAACACAGUUCCUGUUACCCGGCCACGGGAAACUUGCUGAUCGGUCGCGAAAAUAGACUGUACGCGUCGUCCACGUGUGGCUUGUUAGAUCCCGAGCGCUACUGCAUUGUGUCCCAUCUGAAGGAGUUCAAGUGCUUCCUCUGCGACACGCGACCGGAAACGGAGAAUGAUCCAAAGAAGAAUCACCGCAUUGGACAGAUCAUUUACAAGAAUCAACCAGGAACACUGGAGCAGUCUUGGUGGCAGUCGGAGAAUGGCAAGGAAAACGUGACGAUCCAAUUGGACCUGGAGGCUGAAUUCCACUUUACACAUUUGAUUAUCGUGUUCGCCACUUUUCGACCGGCUGCCAUGCUCAUAGAGCGCUCGUAUGACUUUGGAAAGUCAUGGCAUGUCUACAGAUACUUUGCCCACAAUUGCCCGGAAUCCUUUCCACAUGUUAAGGAGUUCUCCAAGAAUAUCACUGAUGUCAUCUGCGAUUCACGAUAUUCUGGUGUGGAGCCAUCGAAGAAUGGCGAGUUGAUUUAUCGAGUAUUGCCGCCCAACAUGAACAUUGAGAAUCCCUAUGCCGAUCACAUUCAGAACAUGCUCAAGAUGACCAACCUGAGAAUCAAUUUCACACGGCUUCACACUCUGGGAGACACUCACUUAGAUGAUCGUCAGGAAAUCCAGGAGAAGUACUACUACGCCAUCUCGAACAUGGUUGUUCGUGGCUCCUGCUCGUGUUACGGACAUGCCUCGAGGUGUCUCCCAUUGGAUGGAGUCGUGAAUAAGUACGACAUGGUUCAUGGCAGGUGUGAAUGCACACACAAUACGAAAGGCCUCAACUGCGAAGAGUGUGAAGACUUCUACAACGAUCUUCCAUGGAAUCCAGCCUUGGGGAAGCAGACGAAUGCCUGCAAGAAAUGCAAUUGCAACAACCACGCCACGAGUUGCCACUUCGAUCAAGCCGUUUAUGAGCAUUCCGGAAGAAUUAGUGGAGGAGUUUGCGACAAUUGCCAGCAUCACACACAGGGCCAGCAUUGCGAAGAGUGCAUCCCAUUUUUCUAUCGCGAUCCCAUCGAGGACAUCCAGAGCCCCUAUGUAUGCAAACCCUGCGAUUGUGAUCCUCAUGGGGCUGUUGACGAUGGAAUUUGUGACUCCGUUACCGAUCCUGAGUACAGCAUUGAGGCUGGAGCGUGUCAUUGCAAGGCUAACGUAAAGGGACGUCGCUGUGACUUGUGCAAAGAUGGCUUCUGGAACUUGAAUCCUCACAAUCCCUAUGGUUGUGAAAAUUGUACGUGCAACAUUCUGGGAACAAUCAAUAACUCAGGCUGUAACAUGUACACUGGAGAGUGCACCUGCAAGCGCCUGGUUGGUGGAAAGGAUUGCAACGAGUGUUUGCCAGAGACUUUUGGCUUAUCAGACAGUCAGGAUGGAUGUUCUCCUUGCAAUUGUGAUGCCGGUGGAUCAUUGAGCAACUUAUGCGAUGUCACCACUGGUCAGUGUAACUGUAGACCUCACAUGACGGGACGCAUGUGCCACAUUCCUGUUCAGAAUCACUUUAUACCAUCGCUGCACAUUGUUCACGAGGCCGAAGGUGCAAUUUGUACGGGAUUCUCUAGCUAUGGGAAUUGUUCGAUUGUAGCCACAGAAUAUCCUUACGAUGUGCGUCGCCCAGUCACAGGUCCUGGAUGGGUUCGAGCUCCUGAAGGAUCGGAAAUUGUGUUCAGUGUUCCCGAUGUUCCGCGCACAACCAAUUACAACGUGAUCGUUAGGUACACCACUCAAACUCCUGGCGACUGGGAAGUGGGAACAAUCACGGUGAUCCGUCCGGAUGAGUAUGAUCCUGAUGGAGCAUGUCCCGAGGCGCAUCCCUCAUACGAAACUCGCCGUCCAUUCCUUCUGCCAGAGCAUCAGACAUCGGUGGUUGGCAUGAGGGACGUUUGCCUGGAGCAGGGUAAGGUCUAUCGCUUCAAAAUUCACUUUGAGCGCCACAAUGUUGCUGAGGACAAUGCAGCAGCUCAAAUCCUGAUUGAUUCGCUCGUUCUGGUUCCUGUCAUCGAAGUGUCCAGCCUGUUUAAUUUCUCAGCUCCUGCCGAGAAUCGUCGACGAGAGUAUGAGCGAUACAGAUGCAAUGAAACAUAUUACGAUGUGAAUUACGAUGUUAAUUCGCCGGAACAGUGUCAAGACAUCUAUCGGACAAUCAGUAUUUUUGUCUACGAUGGAGCCACACCCUGCAACUGCAACCCCACGGGAUCGAUGAGUAAGAAAUGUGAAGAAUUCGGUGGAUGGUGUCAAUGUAAGAAAAACGUCGUGGGACGACAGUGUGACAAGUGCGCUCCUGGAACUUACGGAUUCAGUCCGGAGGGAUGCAAGGCGUGCGACUGCAACAGCAUCGGGUCGCGAGACAAUGAUUGCGACUUGAUCACUGGACAGUGCAACUGCGUGGCGAAUGCCUACGGCAGAGAAUGCGAUCAAUGUCUACCUGGCUUCUGGAACUUCCCCAAUUGUCAGAUGUGCGAAUGCAAUGGUCACGCUCACACCUGUGACUCUCACACGGGAGAAUGCCUCAAUUGCCAGGACUUCACCACAGGAUAUCGAUGCGACAGUUGCAUUGAGGGAUUCUAUGGGAAUCCCCUGUUGGGCAGCGAGAUCGGGUGUCGGCCGUGUCGCUGUCCGGGAACUCAUGCCGCAGGAGAGUCUCACGCUCACGGAUGCACACUGGAUCCGAGGACAAACGACAUGAUCUGCCACUGCAAAGAGGGCUACACUGGAGCCAAGUGCGACGUCUGUGCUGAUAACUACUACGGAAAUGAGGAAACAGGCGGCAAAUGCAAGCCCUGUGACUGCAGCAACAACGUUGAUCCUUCAAUGCCCGGCAAUUGCGAUCCCAAUACUGGACAAUGCCUCAAGUGCUUGUACAAUACAGGUGGACCAAAAUGCGAACACUGCGAAGAUGGAUUCUAUGGAGACGCCCUUCGUCAGUCGUGUUCACCUUGCCAUUGUGACCUCUUGGGCACGAACAAUGUGAUCCAGUACUGCAAUAGAACCACCGGACAGUGCCCCUGCUUGAAGAACGUGAAGGGAUUGCGGUGCGACACGUGCAAGGAGAAUCACUGGAAGAUUGCCAAGGGUGAAGGAUGUGAGCAUUGCGGAUGUGACCCUAAAGGCUCCCUCAGAGAUCAGUGCAAUCCCUACGAUGGCCAGUGUGACUGUCAAAAAGGAUUCGGAGGACGCCAGUGCGAUCAGUGUGAGACGAACUACUGGGGAAAUCCCAAUCAUAAGUGCUUUGAAUGCCAGUGCGACCACUACGGAUCGGCAACUCAGCAGUGUAACAGAGAGACUGGACAGUGUCAGUGUAUCAAGGGAAUCGGUGGUUACAAAUGCAACGAGUGUGACCGAGGAUAUCUUGGACAGGCGCCUUACUGCUCUCCAUGCGGAGAGUGUUUCGACAACUGGGAUCUCAUUCUUUCAUCCCUGAAGAAUGAAACUCUUCGGGUGAUUGACGAAGCGAGGAAUAUCAAGACAGUCGGAGCCACAGGAGCUUACACUAAAGAGUUCGACGCAAUGGGCAAAAAGCUAGACAAGAUACAUCAAUUGCUGGAGAACACGACAAUUAGUGGGCAGGACAUUGAGAGCCUCGAGUCAGAGGUGUUAUCGCUACGAAAAUCCCUCAACAAAGCCUUGGAGAAUAUUAAGAAAACCGAAAACUUCCUUGAGGGUCUAGACUCGAAAAUCAAUUUGGCCAACGUUGAGCUCCUGGAUUUGCAUAAUCGCACUGAGAACAUCAAGAAUCUUGCAGGAGAUCUCAAGAGAAACGCCACACAGCUUCAGGAGGCAAACGUUGACGGGGCUCUUAAUCUCACCCGAGAAGCUUAUCAUCGAGUACGAAUGCUGGACGAAAAGGAGCUGGAGACGCAAGAGUUGAUCGAAAAUGCUGCGAGACAGUGCAAACGAACGGAGAUCCUGGUCAACAGGACAGCGGAUGAGGUGCAUAGACUCAGUGGAAGCAAUGCUGACGCUCUCGUUGAGUAUGAAGAUGUCCUGAAGGAUCUCAACGAGCGACUGCCAGAGUUGAACGAGCUCAUGUGUGGCAGUCGCGGAAGUCCAUGCGAUGACCUCUGUGGUGGAGCUGGAUGUGGCUUCUGUGGCGGAUUGUCCUGUGAAAAGGGCGCCCUAACAAAGGCCGAGAAGGCACUCAACUAUGCCAAAGAUACUGAGAAAACACUACGAGAGAAUGAUGAAAAGGCAGAAGAGCUGAUCAGAUCGCUGUCUCAAGCCAAGACAAAUGCCUCAGAGGCCUGGAGGCGUGCCAAUGGAGUAUUCAACGAGAGUGAGCUGUACUACAACGAGACAGAUGACUACAUCAAUGUCGCGCGGAGCUAUAUCACGAAUCUCACAGAUGUUAUCAACAGCAACACAGCCUUGCCGAGUGAGAUUGAAGCGAUCGCCGACGAGACACUGGGAUUGGCUCUGGAGUUGGAUCCGGGGGAAAUAAAGAAUCUUGCGACUCGAAUUGAUGAAACUGUGUCGUCACUUGAAAAUGUAGAGGAUAUCAUUGAGCAAACUCGUGGAGAUUUGGCGACAGUUGAGAGUCUCAAAAACAGAGCAAAUCAUGCAAAGAAACGCGCUGAUGAGGUUCUCACAGAGGCAACAAAAGUAGUGACAGCUCUACAUGAUGCUGAUGAAGCUCAAGAGAAGGCCAGCGAGGCUAUAAAGAAGGCUAAUGAGGAUAUUUCUUCUGCCAGAAUAGAUCUUGAUCAAAUUGAUGGAGAAACAGGAGAUGCUCAGAAGAAAGCGAAUGACACUGCGACAACAGUGAAUAUACUGACCGGAAAACUGACUGAGUUGGGCAAGAAGUUCCUCAAGAACGAUUUAGAUGCGAAUGAGAUUCAGAGGCAAUCUGAUCAUGUGAAGGAUUUAGCCAACAAUGCUCAUGAGUUGGUUACACAACUGAAGAAUGAAUACAAACAAGCUAACAAUUCACUCUCAGCCAAGGCAGUGACUUCGGAGAGUGCCAGGGAAAGGGCUCAGCAUCUUUUGCAGAGAGCAUCGAGAAUCACUGUGGAAACCACAGGGAAACUAAAGGAGUUGAAAGAUAUGGUGGAUGUGUACAAAGUCAACGAUCGCGAACUGGAGAGUUUACGAGACAGAAUUUCUGGCUUGAAUGACGACAUGACAAAAUAUCUAAACAAAAUCCAAGAAGAUGCCGAUCGUUACAGACAGUGUACUUCUUGAGCAAGUCGAAAGGGGGAAAUUUAAGAAAAAAAAUAUCUUAGACAUAAGAAAAACUUUCAAUGUUGCUUUCGAAGAAAAAAAAAUGUGGAGAAAUGAAAUAGUCAAAUGAGCAAUAUCUACUUAAGAGAGAUCAACUCUUGUCUGGCGAGGUAAAUUGAGGAAGGAUAAAUAACCAUGUCUAUUGUAUCUUCUAAGUCUCUUGUGCUACUGAAUCUGUGCUCACUAUUUCUAAUCAUUUGUAAAUUGUUUCCCUGUAUAUUUUCGAAGGCUUUCAGUUUCCUAGAUGUAUCCCACUGAAAUGCCCCGCCAUCGUACUGCCAUUAAUUUCAGUCAAAUUAUUAUAAUGCGAGAAAUAAAAUGUAAUAAACGCACCUGAGAAA